AGCAUCUGCCCCGAGGGAAUGGCCCUCCAGUUGCAGAGACUCCUCAAGUCCUCCUCCUCCCUACUCGUGCACCUACUUUCCACCUGGGAGAAAGAAGCGCCGCUGGAGCAUUCGGUCAGCGUGGUGGCCUUCUACAUCCAGCUGCUGCAGAUUGUCCAAUGCCCACACUCCUCAGAGAAGACCUGGGCACUGCUGACGGCCUGGCUCCAACAUCGCAGCCUGGCCAUUCAACAUCAGAGCAGGCAGGGCUUUCUCCUCCUCUGCAAGAUCUACAGGGAGACCAUGGGCCUUCAGGAGCUCCUGGACGGGAUCUUCGGGGGAAUGCAAUCACCCACACCAACAUCACUGUGGAGUUCCUGACCUUGGCUGGCUGGCUGGGCCCCCUGCUAUAUAAGGAAGACCGGGCACUUGCGAAGCGUCACCUGACUGCCAGGUGCCUCCUUCUCUUCCACCAUGAGGCGGCCAAGAUCCAGAAGGCAGCCCUAGAAUGCUUCCAGCAUUUUCUCUGGCACCCGGUACAUCCCCUUGAGGAGCGCCAGACCAUCAAUGGCCUCCUGGCGGUGCUAAUGCAUGUGGAGGAUGAAGAUGAGGAGGUGACCAAGACUGCGAGGGAGACCCUCAAGGAGGCAGCGGAGGUCCUGCGAUGGCACCUGAAGGACAGCGUUCUGGCGGAGGACACCUUCAGCCUGCAGGAGCUGCUUCACAAGAUCUCCAAGUGCUUGAUCCAUCACUGCAGCCCCAGGAGAGAGGUGGAGGAGCAGGUGUAUGGCUGCCUGCGUUUCUUUAAAAGCCAACGUCCAUCGGCAAAGAAGGUGGUGGCCAUGUUGCUCAGUCAUGUUCUUCACAAGAACUACAACAUGUGCACCGAUAGAAACAUCUACACCUUCGAGGCCUGGCUGAUGAACCUCCUUGCCGACCAUGACCCUGAAGUCAGAUGAGUUGGCAGGGAGACCAAGACCAUCCUCGUCAGGGUCUCUGCCCUCCACAAGAGAGAAGGAAGGAAGGAGGGAGAAAGGGAAGGAGGGAGGAAACACCACGAUCCCCCGUUAGCCCGCCUGGCAAGAAGACCUCUGCUCCAGCUGUGCUGCAGCACCAAAGGGAAGUAGUGUCCAGGAGGUGGGAGUCUGCCCAGCCCUGGCCCAGGGAAGCCCUGCCCCCCUGCAGAAGCCCCGCCCCCAUUCUGGGCCCCAUUGUCACCCAGGGGCCCUUGGGAACAGAGCAGAGCAGAGAAGAAAGACCACCUGUGCUGCCCAGGCCCCUCUGCUGUGCUCUGUUCUGUUAUUUUCUGUGUGGGAUUUGGGGGCCUGGAGGGGAGGAGCCACCACCUGCACCCUGGGCCUUCCUCUUCCACCUCGGUUGGGCCCCGCCUCCUUUGACCUGCGACCUUCCCCUCCCUGACCCCUCCCUCUCGGCCUGGGAUGCCACCACCGCCCCCUCCCUCCCUUCUCCAAGGUGGCAUCCCCACAAGGGCGCUUCUCUCCCUCCCUCUUGCCCACCCAGAUGUGCCGCCCCUCCUCUUCUCCCUCCUCCUUCCCCCCAAACAACCCCAUUGCCCCCAUCUCUGUCCCCAGCCAAUCAGAAGGGUCAAGGGGAGGAUCACAGCCGGGUCUCAGCCCCCCCCCCCCCAAUCUGUUCAGGCAAAUCAGGAGGCUCAGCUCCAUUUGGGGGAAGGUGGCUGCCGGCUUUGCUUGCGCCAAAAAGCCCAGGGCGUUUCAGCACUAAUGGAGCUGGCCUUCCUCAAGAGAUGCACUGAAUAGACAAAUGGAAUUCCAAAAACAAGGGCAACACCAAAUUUGUUGAGUGCAUUAUUUUGCAGAACGUGGUCCAUAUACGGACCUUUGCCCAGGAAUGUCUGGGAUUGUAUAAUGCACUCUCAAAAGAAAAGGGUCAUUAAGGGCGCAGUUAGUCAGCACUUUGAAAGCAAAAGUUCCUGCAUUUUAAAGGGUGGGGCAUCCAGACACUGUCCCACAGAAAAGCGAUUGCAUUUGCUACAAAGCAGGAAAAUUCUUUGCUUUGUAGCAAAUUAUUUUGAUAAUCCUUUAGACACACGCUUUUGUGAAAGGCCUGUCUAAUGGGCUAUGGCCCUGUGUGGAGAGGACCACGGGGGUCCUGGGACUUCCCUGCAGGCUGUCCAAACAUCCAUCCUGCACCUUCUGGGCUCCUGGAGCCCAGAAGGUGCGAGAUUGCCACCACCCACUCCCAAAACCCCUUUAAACCGGGAGGGGAAGCAAGGGCGAGGCAGGAGGGAUUAGCCCCCCGCCCCUCGGAUUCUCAGUGUAAUUGAUACAUCCUAGGAAGUAUGCUGUGAGGCCGGUAAUUAUUCUUACUCCCUACCCCCAUAUUAAGGGGUUUGGGAGGGGGUGGGGGCUGUCUUCCAGUCCUCUUAAAAGGUUUUGGGAGGGCAUCUGGACACCCAUUCCAGAAAGCACUUGCUUCCUGGGGUGUGUAGGGACUAGAAGCCGGGAACUUUCACGUUUUUAAAAUGCGAUUGUUCCCGGUUUAAACUGCUCUCCGGAACCACCCUAAGGAAAGAUUCUCCUGCCUGGAUAUUUGUAUAGGGAUUCAUGGGGUCAGGAAGGAGAUGGAAGGAAGACCCAAGGUUUCCCUGGCACAACCAGACAGGGUGCAAAAUGUUCAUCCUCCCAGAUAUUUGCAGGGAGGCCUUACGUGAACGCGAAUGCAUUCACCACAAAGCAGGAAAACGCUGCUUUGUGAUGAGAUUAUUUGUUAGCGGGAAAGAAGUGGGACUUCUUAUAAGACCUGCAUUUUCCCUGCUGUGGGAGGAGGCUGGACUGUCCUUUCAGAAGUGCUCGGAUUCUGGGGACAGUCUGUACAGCCCUCUUGUGUUUUCUGGGCUGAAUCAGCCCAGAAUACCUGAGAGGGCUCUGAGCCGCUCCCCAACCCCCUCCCCCACCCCAAAGGGCUUUUAAAAAUAACUUAACUGGCUGGCAUUAAACUGUUGCCAGAGCUCUCUUGGCGCAUAAAAAUGAUGUACCAGGAGAAGGGGGGAGGAAAAUUGCUCCUGCCCCCUCUUCUCCUGACGCAUCAUUUUUAGAUGCCAGGAGAGCUCCAGCAGCAAUUUAAUGCCAGCUGAGUAAGUUAUUUUAUUUUAAAGUCUUUUUUGGAGGGGGUGGGUGGGUGGUUGCGGUGUCUUGGUGUUUGUUCUGCCUCCAUGCUUAACUAAAUGAACUGGAAGGAACAUAGCACGAAGGACAGAUUGGAGACUAUAUUUGGUAAAACAAAAUAUUUUAUUAAUAGAUAAAAUGGAUCACUUUUCCUCUUGUUGCCACUAUAAAGUUUCUUGUGAGGAAAGAAAUCUAAGCAGUUCUGAAUAGAUAUUGCCACAGAUUAUAAAGUCUUGUCAUGACUGGAUUAUUUGUAGCUUUGAGGUGACUUUAAUACAAUGUUGUCAUGACUUUCUCUAUUGCUGUAGUGUAUGGCUUUUUAAUCUAAUCUGGGUACAGCUCCGACAUGACGUAAAUUUCUGUGGUCCUUUUCACUUCCUACACUUCCUUCCAGUGCUUCACCAACUGACAAAAUCUAACUGACAAAAAAUAACUGCCAUUUCAGGCUGGGAGGAGCCAAGGCUAAGCUCCGCCCCUUUAGAAUCUUAAAGGGACAGGACAGCAGGUGAUGUUUUGCCUCCUCGUGGCAUACAGUGUUCUCCCAGAAGGUACUGGGAGGAUAUCUAGAUAGAUACCCCCCACGGGAAGCAUGAGCUUUUGGGGCUGUUGUGUGGAACCUGGGUUGGUGUGAAUUUUUCCGUUUUGUGGAACUGCCUUCUGAUUCAAUCUUCCUCGAUGUCACCUGUCAUAUUUUCACAAUAAGCUUUAUAUCAGGCAUUGUAUAUUCAAAUCUUCAUUUAACUCUGCAGGCUCCUCUCCAGGACCCAGAAACCCAUCUCUGAUGUGGGAUGUUGUGCAUCUCCCGUCUCUUUAUUUGUCAAAAUUGCUACCAGUUUAAAUGAAUAUUUAAAUGCACAAUCCCUUAUAUAAAGAUUAUUGUGGAGAUAUGGCAGUAAACUGAGGCUGGAUCUACACUGCCAUACAAUGCAGUCUGUAUUGUGUUAUAUAGUCAGUGUAAAACCCAUAUAAUGCCCUUUGAACUGCACCAAACUGCACUAUAUGGGUCUACACAUAUGUAUAUCAGUUCAAAUUGCAUUAUUUGGCAGUGUAACGUUUGGGACGACUGGGUCAGGUCUUUAGAGGGAGCCUUGCUCCUCUCUUCCUCUCCUGAGCCCUGACUUUGGGUAUAAAUACCUGAGGACAAGGUCUCUGGUUCACUUGGCUGACUGGUCCAUUCCUUUGGAGGGUAUCUUAUACCCUCCCAGACUUUUCUGUGCAAAGGCAUACACUGUGUGGUGUAGAAAGGUACCUUGAGAGACUGUGACCACUUUGGGAUUUUCUUUGUUUAUAUAUUGAACGGAAUUGCAUUUGUAUUUUUCGGUGACCCAUUUGGGGCUGUCAGUGGCCUUUAGAAACCUAGGAAGCAGGUGGCCAUUCCUUCUUCCAUGGCUCUGUGUCUCCUGAUGGGCUGAGAUCCUCCUUUGGGUUCCCCUUGCCCCCCCCCCUCUACCUGCCCCCCUCCUCACCUGGAUUCACCCGGAAGGAGGUCUGGCUGCUGGGGGCCAGUAAGGAUUAGGAGGAGGGGCAGUGGACUCUACUGAUGCCGCUUUGUGGUUCUUGCAGGGCUGCUCCAAAAAACGGAUGAAUGGGACAGUGACCUUCGAUGGACCACGAACACCGAGGGACACUGAACAUCAAAGGACCCUGGUCAUCGAGGGACCAGUUGGUGCAAAUAUAGUCCUGGACUUACAGUGGAGGGAGGCCCAGGCCUCUCUGGCAGAGGGUUUCCAAGGCCCUCCCCUCUACUGCAAAUCCUAGGACUCUCAGCCCAGUGUUGGAGAAGAACCGCCCUUUAACAGCACAGUGAGGGUAUCCCAUACGCUCUGUUUUUUUGUAGUUUACCUUAUAUGAUUGUAUCGUCUAAUAUUGUAAUAUUUAAUAACUGUUCUGAUUAGAAUAAAUGUAAUGUUUUUUUUUAA